AUGACCGCCGACGUUAGCUCCGAGCACAGCGUCUCUGCUGGCGCUGAGGCAAAGGACAAGGCUUCGCAUGCUGAUUAUGCCGUUGAGAAUGGCCUCCCAGGAGGCGACAUGACCCCGGAGGAGGAGAGGCAUAUGGUGCGAAAGAUGGAUAUCAACAUCUUCCCUAUUCUGAUCUGCCUGUAUAUUCUCUCUUUCCUGGACAGAGUCAAUAUUGGUAUGUGCAUCGCUCAAAAUAUCAUACCGAGAGCUCAACUGACAUUUCCCUUCCAAGGCAAUGCCCGUCUUUAUCAUCUCGAGGACGACCUAGGGCUCAAGGGCAACGAGUAUCAGCUUUGCGUCUCCAUGCUUUUCGUCACCUACGUUACCUUUGAGCUGCCCACCAACCUUGUUUUGAAGAUGGUCCAGCCGAAACGCUUCAUUCCCAUGAUCUCCAUCGGAUGGGGCAUCAUUUCCAUGUGCACCGGCUUCGUCAACAACAAGGCUCAGAUGAUCGUGAUGCGCCUACUCCUGGGCGUCUGCGAAGCUGGCUACUUCCCUGCUAUUUGCUUCUACCUGACCUUCUUCUACCGUCGCCGGGAGUUGGCUGUCCGUAUUUUCUACCUCUUCGCCGCCUCCGCUGUUUCCGGCUCUUGCGGCGGGCUCCUGGCCUACGCUAUCGGUCACAUGGACGGCAUCCGUGGCUACUCGGCUUGGCGAUGGCUCAUGAUUCUUGAGGGCAUCCCCACGAUCAUUCUUGGUGCCGUUUCUUACUUCGUCCUGGCGAACGACCCCUACGACGCUCGCUACCUGACCGACCGCGAGAAGUCGUUCACUCCCAUCCGCCGCCAGCUUGAUGGCACCUCGCUCGGAAUGGAGGGCGACAAGAACAAGAUCGACUGGCAGCAGUGCUUCGAGGCCUGGAAGGAUUGGAAGGUGUGGUCGCUCGCCACCGCCCAGAUCGGCGUCACCGUCAUGCUCUACGGCUACAGCACCUUCCUCCCCACUAUCAUCAAUGCUCUGGGUUACAGCGGCGUCCACACUCAGCUACUCACAAUCCCCUGCUACGCCACCGGGGCCCUGAUCUACCUCGUGGUCGCCCAUAUGUCUGACCGCACCGGCUACCGAGGUUACUUUGUUGUCGGUGGUUGCGUGGCCGCCUGCACCGGCUACGCCAUCCUUCUGGGCACGCCGCACUACGGCGCCGGCGCCCAGUACGCCGGCUGCAUCAUUGUGGCCGCGGGUCUGUAUGUCGCCGUCGGCAUACCCAUCUCGUGGAUGCCCAACAACUUGCCCAGCCACUACAAGCGUGCUGCUGGUCAGGGCACGUCCAUGACUCUCGGCAACUGCGCAGGUAUCUUCUCCUCGUUCAUCUACCGCACGCAAGAUAAGCCCGAGUACAAGCUGGGCCAUGGCCUCACCAUGGCUUUCGUCUUUUGCUCCGGCUGCCUCUUUGCCGCGACGUGCUACUUCCUGCGCCGGGAGAACAAGAAGCGCGACCGUGGUGAGCGUGACUACGUUCUUGAGGGGAAGACUCCGGAUCAGAUUGCUAGGCUGGGCGACUAUCAUCCGGAGUACCGCUAUCUCUAUUAA